AUGGAUGAAUAUUCGAGGGAGCCCUGUCCUUGGAGGAUCCUGGAUGAUUCUGGUGGUGCUUUUCUGAUGGGCGCGAUAGGCGGUGGAAUAUUUCACUCUAUUAAGGGCUUCAGAAAUGCUCCUGUGGGAUUUAGCAGGAAAAUGUUGGGAAGUUUAGCAGCCAUGAAAGAAAGAUCACCUAUAGUAGGUGGCAACUUUGCUGUUUGGGGUGGAAUGUUUUCAACAAUUGAUUGCUCUUUGGUAUAUUUACGACAAAAGGAGGAUCCAUGGAAUUCUAUAAUGAGUGGGGCUCUUACUGGUGGCAUCUUGGCGGCUAGAAAUGGUGUUCCAGCAAUGGCAGGUAGUGCAUUAGUUGGUGGAAUUCUUCUUGCAUUGAUUGAAGGAAUUGGUAUAAUGUUCACAAGAAUAUCAGCUGAGCAGUUCAAGCCACAACAACCAAUAUUUGAAGAUCCUUCUGUGUUAGGACAAAGUCAAGGCCCAAGUUCAUUUCAAUAA